CCCCUCUGCUUCAUAACCUUUACCUCACAAUUUCCACUUGUCCUUUUGCAAGACGCUUCCUCUCAUCUUUUCUUUUAGUUCUUUUGGGUUUUGUUUCUUCUCCAUCUGACAUUUCGAACCACUCAGGGGGAGUUACAGAUUUUUUCUUUCUGCAACAAGGAACUGACCACGCCAUGGAAUUCUUGGGUUCCAUUUUUGAAAUUGGGAAGAAUGCGUUGGAAGCAACUGGAAAAUGGGUUGUAAAUAUCAAUAGCCUUGAUGCAAACAUGAAAAAUCUCAAAAGAAAGAUAGAGUACUUGAGCUGUCAGGAGGAUGAUAUAAAUACAGAACUGAGCAGUGCAGAGCGGUCAUUGAAAAGACGAAAGAAAGAAGUUGAAGUUUGGCUCGGAGAUGUGAAAACGUUAAAAGGUGAUGUGCGAACUUUGCAAAGACUUGAGGAAGAAGUAGUUGGAUGGAAGUAUGUCUUCUCACGUGCACGGUUGGGAAAGCUUGUCAUGGAGAAGAUUCAAGAGGUGGAAGAAUUGCAAGUGAAGGGUAGAUUUUCUAAUGGUUUGCUGAUUGAUGCACUACCAACUAGUGGAUGGUCUAGACCAACAAUGGGAUCUCUUGGUGAAACCACAAGUGAAAGGAACAUGGAGAAAGUUUGGGAAUACUUAAUGGAUGAUGAGGUUAGAACAAUUGGUGUGUUUGGAAUGGGGGGAGUAGGCAAAACAACCAUCAUGAAGCACAUUAACAGUCAACUCUUGAAUGAAACUUGUUACUUUGAUGAUGUUAUAUGGGUCACAGUAUCUAAAGCAUUCAACAUUAGCAAACUACAGAGUGACAUAGCUAAGGCACUGAAUCUUGAUUUUUCAGAUUACGAGGAUGAAACGAGAAUAGCAUCAGAAUUAUACGCAAUCCUUUCUCGAAAGGAGAGGUAUGUGCUCAUCUUAGAUGAUCUAUGGGAAGCAUUUCCUAUGGAGAAGGUGGGUAUUCCUGAACCAACCAGAUCUAAUGGAUGUAAACUAGUUUUGAGUACACGAUUCUUUGAAGUGUGUAAAAAAAUGGAGUGCAGACCUGUCAAAGUGGAGCUUCUCACGGAAGAAGAAGCACUAAAUUUAUUUAUGAGUAAGGUUGAAGAAGGUCAGACAGUGCUUAUUCCUGAAGUGAAAGAAAUUGCUAGAAAAGUUGCCAAAGAAUGUACGGGACUGCCACUUGCAAUCGUUACCUUGGCCGGAAGUAUGAGGGGAGUAAAUGACAUUCAUGAGUGGAGAAAUACAUUAAAUCAAUUAAUAAGCUCAACAAAACAGAUCAGUGACAUUGAAAAUGCAGUGUUUGAGCUACUAAAGGUUUGUUAUAGUCGCUUAAAAGAUGAAAAGCUUCAAUACUGUUUCUUGUAUUGUGCAUUGUAUCCUCGAGAUCAUAUCAUCCCUAGGAAAGAGUUGAUAGAGUAUUGGAUAUCUGAGGGACUAAUAGCUGAGGCGAACAGUAUAGAAGCAAUGUUCAACACUGGUCACGCUAUAUUGAAUAAACUCGUAAAUACCUGCUUGUUGGAGAGUGCGAAGAUACACAGGACAGAAUGUGUGAGGAUGCAUGAUUUGAUCAGAGAUAUGGCUCUCAAAAUAACAAAAACGAGUCCUAGAUUCAUGGUACAAUCUGGUGAGGGAUUAGAAAGAGUAUCACAUACAAACUGGUCUGACGAACUUGAGAUGGUUUCCUUAAUGUAUAACACAAUAAAAGAACUUACUUUUAAACCACCCAUUUGCCAUCGGCUCACAACUUUACUCUUGGGACAUAUUCCAUUAAGAAAGAUUUCAGAUUCUUUCUUUACUCCUAUGCAUUGUCUUAAGAUGCUGGAUUUGUCCAACACCUACAUACAGUAUCUGCCAGAGUCCAUCUCCAACUUGGUGAAUUUGCAUGCACUCUUACUAGUGAAUUGUGUGUGCUUAGAGUAUGUGCCAUCACUGGUGAAGCUGAAGGCGUUAAAAGAGUUCAAACUGAAUAGAAGUCUGAUUGGAGAAGUACCCCAAGGUAUGGAAGAAUUGGUUAAUCUUAGAAAUCUUGACCUCUCCUUCAAUAAAAGCCUACAUAUGCUUCCUUGCUGGAACUUAUGCAGACUCUCCCAACUUCAAAUCCUUAGAAUUGAAGGGUCAGGAGCUUUUGUGUCAGCACAAGAGGUCUUUGGCUACUUGACGCAAUUAAAAGUUCUUGGUGCUCAGUUUCUCAAUGUGCAGGAGCUUACCAGUUAUGUGACAUCUCAACAAUGCCAAACCUUGGAAAACUACCGCCUUAUAGUGGGAAAUAAUUUUGAAUAUAUAAACAACUCUGUGGGGAAAGAAGUUCAUGUGAUUGGUUUUGACUCUAAACCUUUUGGGAGUGGAGUUGAUUCAUUGUUGCUUCCCAGCAACAUAGAAUACUUUGGGAUUACAAGAUGCGAGGAUCUCAUUAGCUUAUCAGAUAUUCUGUCCUUGAGGGAUGUCAGUCAUUUGAGAAUUUGUCUUCUCCAAUACUGUAAUGGGAUAGAAUCCAUCUCUUCAUCAUCUUCCUUCUCAGAAGAUUGCCAGAUCCCACUAAGAAUUGUCGAGGAAUUACGACUUCUUGAUUUACCCAGAUUUAGGGUACUCUUUGAUGGAGUUGUUCCACCACACGACAUUUCCUUUAACCUUAAGAAGUUGUACUUCUAUAGAUGUUCCAGUGUCAAGAAUAUUUUUCCUGCCAUGUUGUUGCAGAACUUCCCUAAGCUUGAGGAACUAACCGUAUCUGAUUGUGAGAAUGUUGAAGAAAUAAUAGUAGGAGUAGAGAUGAGAUAUCAGGGCCAGCAUCAAGAUGAUAGCAAUAUUAUCACACUCCGAAAUUUGAAGAGUUUACGACUAGGAAAGCUACCAAUACUGAAGAACAUAUAUAAGGGCAUAAUGGUUUGUGAAUCUCUGCAAGAUAUUCUUGUACAUAGUUGUCCCAUGUUAAGGAGACUGCCUCUUUCUUUCCACAUGAAUAGUGUGCACGCAUCAGCACCUCCUGGUCAGCACAUUAGGGGAGAUGAAGAGUGGUGGGAAUAUCUGCAAUGGGAUGAUCCCCACACCAAAACCACUCUUCAGCCUUUGUUUGUUCCAUUUCACAAGUUCUAGAGGAACAAUGCUAUGCAGUUUAUUCUUGGAGUGGAGUGCUGAGUGUUGAAGCUAUUCUGCAUUAUUUUGUUGGGGACAUUAGUUUAUAUUUUAAUUAUAGAGCCCUAAUUUAUUUGGUGUAAUGGAUUGUUGUGAAACUUUGUGACAUGCUCUGACAUGUUAUGCUCCACUUGGACUGAACUUGUGGAUUGCUGUUAUCUCUUGUAUUGUGGAUUAAAGAACUAUUGAUCGGGUUUUUUUUCAUAAUUGCCAUUAUUAUGGAAUGAAAUUGAGUUGGUUUUCCUUUA